AUCUCCAACAAUUAACAGAAAAUAAAACAAUAUCAUGGACUUCUUUAUAUAAGCAUUAUCUUGAGAAGAUAAAUUCUGAUCUACCUGAUCUUAUUGAUCAAACUGUAGAUAAUGAGAAAAGUAAGAUUGAUGAUGAUGACGACAAUAAUAAAAUGAUAAAAGAUGACAAACAAGAAUAUCAUGCUAAAUAG